CCUCGACGUUUGGUGGUAGCGCUGCCGUUGCGACAAUCUAAGACCGGCACAGAAGCGUCGGGCAGCUCCCGUCGACCGUGCGACACCGCCGCUUGACCGCCGCCGCGCUUCGUAAAGAGGCAGUUGCGAGGAGGCAGCCCCCAUCAAACCGUGAGCACCCGAUCCCCGGGUCACGCCACGACGUCCCUCAGUUCGCGCAUAGGAAGCGCGAUCGGCGGCGCGCCGACGAUGCCGCUCCAAGAAAUUUCAGCUAAUGUGCCGCGCGGCCCGCGGACAUCAGACGUACCCAUAAAAAAAUCGGCAGUCUGCCACACGCCCGCGCCCACGAAGACCGCACCGAUCAAUUCCAAGCCGAAGAAGGCGCCGCGGCGCAAGAAGCUGUCGGCGAAGUGGCUGUUUGAUGCAAGCAUGCUGAGCAGCCCGAUGGACCUCUCGCCUCUCGUGUCAAUGUCGCUGGACGCUCCUGAAGAUGUCGUCGGAGAGUCCGGGCUGCUGAAGCGCAUGGUCAAGACCGUGCUGAACGGUCCUGGAGUGAGGAAUCGCGUCGGUAGGCAAGCUCGACUCGAUGUACUUGCGAUUAUGGCAAAUUGUGCCCUGACCACGGAUCCCGUGCGGAAAGCCGCCGUGCAAGAUGCGCUCAUGGACGUCACGGAGUGGUUUGAUGAAUAUAUGGCCGAAGAAGGCAACGAGAUGGAUCGCAGUACCGAGGAAACCCCGGAGCCUGAAUUGCAUAAAGCCAUGCUUGUACUUUUGUGUCGGGCCUUCGACUACAAGCUCAAGACCGAGGACUUGCUGGAGUUGUGUCGAGGGCAUAGAAAGCUGGCCCUGGAGACGGUCACGGGUCUGUUGGAGGACGGCGAAGCUUUGGCCACGGGAGUAGCUCAGAAGAAUGCGGCGUCCGAGCAUGAGCGGGCGGUCUGGGAGAAGGUCGUCGUGAGUCAAAAGUGGGAGCGGUCACUGAUCGCCCAGACCUGUGGGCUGCUGCGAGGGUUCACGCAUCCGUCGACGUACUUCAAGGCCCUCGACGAGGGCUUUUAUUUUCUCGAGUGUGGGGUGGACCUACCGGAACACUCGGUGGAGCAGUUCACGGUCGAGAUGCAGGGGUUGUUGGCCGUGACCAUGAAUCAAAGAUUAGUAGAGAAGCUGUCCUACGCAUUGCAUGAUGCCCUGUUCGAGGGGGAGAUGCGCAUCCUCACGAAUAAGGAACAUGCGGCCAUUAUCGCGGCUCAUACAUUCUUGCAAAAUCUAUACUUGUAUGGAGGUUCGACGACGGUCAUGGCUGAAUUAUAUAGGACCCAUUUAAUAUGUGAUACGGUGCUUGUUCCUCAUCUAGUGCUACCUUACUUGGAGCGAUGUGUCCACCACGCCCAGGUCUUACAUCGACGCCAUCUCGCGUCGAAGGACGCUUUGAAAAUACUGGGACCGGAGUGCGCGUCGAUUGUCGACGACGUCACGGCGCGGGACAUGGACGAUCCCGCAUUAACGCACGGCAUCGCCGCGACGUUGCGGACCUUGGUGAUUGCUACAUUUAGAACGCCGCGCACGCGGGUCAUGUUCCAAAUUUUGCGGAGGUUCAACCCGACUUCAGCACUCAUGGAGAUGAAAACAUUUGUCGCUAGACACGAGUACGUCUUUGUACUAUUGCUACAGCUGAACGUGAACAUGGGCUCCUUCGACGUGUCGCGAGAAGCGAUGGCCGAGAAUGUGGAAGAUGUCUACCGGGGCUUUACGUUGUUACAGGAAGUAGCUUCGAUCUAUGCAUCGAUGGACGACGAGAGAAAGAGGAAAGUGCUCAGAAGGUUGGAGCAGUCUGGGGCAUUGCCGGUAGCGAGGGAUACGCCGUCUUAUACCGCAUUGACGAACUUGCUGUGGGGCGGCGGUGGUGGGCAGCUCGACUACCUGCGGGAGGCGCAUAGUCAAGCCGUGAAAAUCUGUGUGGAAAUCAAAUGUCGCGGCGCAUCUCCACGCCAUCGACGCGACGCCUGCUCGACGGCGUGGCGGUGUCGGUUCCUCACCGCACACCCGACACAUUGGUUUAUUUCCACACAGGUGAAGAUGAUGGAGGCGGAACUCGACGACGUCAUCACGGACUCCGACGAGUCCUACUACUCCGGGCAUUCGGAGGAUGAAAUGACUCAGUGUGACCCAUUGGGCGAGACGUCGCACUUCCAGGACCUGCGGCGGCAGGCGAAGGCCGACGCUUUACGAAGGGUUCAAGAGGGGCGAGAGCGGGAGGAGGAGAAGUUCUGGGACCAGGACGACGAUCGCAUUCCAUCAAAUGACGAUGGUGACCUGGGCUUGCAACUCACGGCGCGGGAGCCUGUCAUGAUGAAGCUGUCUGAGUGUCUGAAUGAGGUGCCACCAACCCCAAGACUGAAGAAGCCGGGAAGAGUAUCACCCGACGCCCCGCGCAAGACCCCGGACUCGAGACCAAGGUCGCCGGUGGUCUUCGAGGCGCGGCCGCCGAGUCGCUGCCCGCCACCGGACUUUGGCGAGAAGAAGUCCAUGCUCGGCGACUUGCCUGCCUUGGAUAAAAAGAAGAAGAGGAAAAAAAAGAAAAAAUCGACGAAGAAAGAACUUGAAGCGUUCAUGAGUUUGGAGCUCGAGGUGCCCCUCCAGCAGUUACAUGCGAAGAACGCGGCUGCGGGCGAGAGACAACGGAGAUUGGGGUACAUUAAUGACGGCAAGACGGUCAGUUCACCUACUACUGGUAAGAACAUGGAGGACGGGCGCGUGCCGAAGCAUUUGUGCUGCUGCAUCAACGGCCACUUGAUGCGGGAUCCCGUCUUCUGUGCGAAGUUUCCUGCGAAAUAUCGGUGCUCUUAUGAGCGCGAGACCAUCGAGUUGUGGCUCAAAACACGCGGAAGUGUUUGCCCCAUCACGGGUCGCAACUUGUCAUUGGAGGAUUUGGAGCCGGACACGCAACUGCGGAACGAGAUCGUGCGCUUUCAAGUACAACGGACGAUGGCCGCCGCGGAUCCUUUUGAUGCAUUAAAUGAGGACAAGGCGUCGGGCGGCGACGACUUGUACGACUUCUGAGUAAGCUUCUUUUGGCUA